UCUCGGGCGACGACCUCCACCUGAAGCACUUCUGCCGGCUGCUGGGCGUGGAGCUGCAGCAGAUGCAGCACUGGCUCUGCCACAGGAAGCUGGCCACCACGUCCGAGACCUACGUGAAGAGCAUGUCCAGCAAGCAGGCCAACAACGCCCGCGACGCGCUCGCCAAGCACAUCUACGCUCGCAUGUUCGACUGGAUCGUGGAGCACAUCAACAAGGCCCUGCACACCUCCUCCAAGCAGCACUCCUUCAUCGGAGUCCUGGACAUCUACGGCUUCGAGACGUUCGAGGUGAACAGCUUCGAGCAGUUCUGCAUCAACUACGCCAACGAGAAGCUUCAGCAGCAGUUCAACUCUCACGUGUUUAAGUUGGAGCAGGAGGAGUACAUGAAGGAGCAGAUCCCCUGGACUCUGAUAGACUUCUACGAUAACCAGUCCUGCAUAGACCUGAUCGAGGCUCGACUCGGCAUCCUGGACCUGCUGGACGAAGAGUGUAAAGUGCCAAAGGGGACGGAUCAGAACUGGGCUCAGAAGCUCUACAAGCAGAACUCCGGCAGCGCCCACUUUCAGAAACCCCGUAUGUCCAACACGUCCUUCAUCAUCGUGCACUUUGCUGAUAAGGUGGAAUAUCAGUGUGAAGGCUUUCUGGAGAAGAACAGAGACACCGUCUACGAGGAGCAGAUCAACAUCCUGAAGGCCAGUCAGUUCCAGCUGGUAGCAGACCUGUUCCAAGAGAAAGACGACGUCGUCCCCGCCAAGUCCUCCAGAGUGAACGUCCGCUCAGCCAAGACGGUUCCCAAAGCGCCCAACAAAGAGCACAGGAAGACCGUGGGUCUCCAGUUCCGCAGCUCUCUCACUCUUCUCAUGGAGACUCUGAACGCUACGACUCCUCACUACGUCCGCUGCAUCAAACCCAACGAUGACAAGGAGCCCUUCUCGUUCGACUCCAAGCGAGCGGUGCAGCAGCUCCGAGCCUGCGGAGUCCUGGAGACGAUCCGGAUCAGCGCAGCCGGGUAUCCGUCCAGGUGGACGUACCCGGACUUCUUCAGCAGGUACCGAGUGCUGCUGAAGAAGUCUCAAAUGAUGUCUGCAGACAAGAAGCUGGUGUGUAAGAACCUGCUGGAGACGCUGAUUAAGGAGCCGGACAUGUUCCAGUUCGGUAAGACAAAGAUCUUCUUCCGGGCCGGGCAGGUAGCGUACCUGGAGAAGCUCCGGGCGGAUAAGUUCCGCUCGGCCUGCAUCAAGAUCCAGAAGACGGUGCGAGGCUGGCUGCAGAGAGUUCGAUACCGCAAGAUCCGGAAGUCUGCCAUCGCUCUGCAGAGAUACGGCCGAGGGUACCUGGCCCGCAGAUAUGCAGACUUCCUGCGUCUGACUCGAGCCGCCGUCAUCUCUCAGAAGCAGUACCGCAUGGUGAGAGAGCGGCGGGCCUACCUGAGGGUGAGACAGGCCGUGGUCACCAUCCAGGCCUUCGCCAAAGGGAUGUUCACCCGCAGGAUUUACUACGAGUUCCUGCUGCACCACAAGGCCAUGAUCAUCCAGAAGAGCGUCCGCGGCUGGCUGCAGAGGAAGAAGUUCAGGCGGGCGCGCGACGCCGCCGUCACCAUCCAGUGUGCGUUCAGACGCACGCGAGCCAAGCGGCAGCUGCAGCAGCUGAAGAUCGAAGCUCGCUCUGCAGAGCACCUGAAGAAGCUCAACACCGGCAUGGAGAACAAGAUCGUCCAGCUGCAGAGGAAGAUGGACGACCAGUCCAAAGAGUACAGGACUCAGAACGAGCAGCUGGUUCUGGUGAACACCAGUCUGGGCGCGGAGGUGAACAAGCUGCAGAAGCAGCUGGAGCAGGUCCGGAGUCAGCAGGGCGAAGGAGGCCAGCUGACGUCUCUGCAGGAGGAGCUGGAGAGGCUGAGGGAGGAGCUGCAGGAGGCGUCGGCCCAGAGGAAGAAGCUGGAGGAGGAGCACAGCAACGAGAAACUGGGGCUGCAGCAGAGGGUGGAGGAGCUGGAGAGGGAGAACACUCUGCUGAAGAGCGAGAAGGAGGAGAUGAACCGGAGGAUCCUGCAGCAAUCAAAGAGCAUCGAAGAGGACGACAGCAGUCUGGCUCAGAGGGAGUCGUCUCUGCAGGCUGAGCUGGACCAGGAGAGGCAGCGCUACCAGAACCUGCUCAAAGAGUUCUCCAGGCUGGAGCAGAGAUACGAAAACCUGAAGGAGGAGGUGUCCCUGGCCAAGUUCCACCCCGGCCACCGGAGGAACCCGUCCAAUCAGAGCAGCCUGGAGUCGGACUCUAACUACCCGUCCGUCUCCACCUCGGAGGUCGGAGACACCGAGGACGCCGUCCAGCUGGUGGAGGAGCUGGGCGUGGAGAAGGCCGCCAUGGACAUCAGUCUGUUCAUGAAGCUGCAGAAGAGAGUCCGGGAGCUGGAGCUGGAGAGGAAGAGGCUGCAGGUCAGCGUGGACAAGAUGGAGGAGCUGGCCCGGAGCAAGGGCUCCGAGGCCAAGAGUCCCGCCUCUGAGCAGGAGACCGCAGACCUGGCCUACAACAACCUCAAGAGGCAGGAGCUGGAGUCUGAGAACAAGAAACUGAAGAACGACCUGAACGAGCUGAGGAAGGCCGUCUCUGAGCGAGCGUCUCAGAACAACUCGUCCAGCGAGCUGCAGGGCAGCUACAACCUGCUGCUGAGCCAGCUGAAGGCGGCCAACGAGGAGCUGGACGCCCGCAAGGAGGAAGUCCUCAUCCUGAGGACUCAGAUCGUCAGCACGGCCCAGCUGAUGGAGAGGAACGAGCACAUCCAGGAAAGUAAUAACGUCCCUGAGCUGAACAGCAAAGAGCCCGUGGACAAAGAGGAGGCGCUCAGAGCCUAUCAUGGGCUGUGCGAGUCCAAAAAGCUGCUGGAGGCCCAGCUGCAGUCUCAGUCCCGGCAGCACAAAGACGAGCUGGAAGCUCUUCACACUCAGAUCGAGCUGCUGAAAGACGACAUCCUGAAGAAGCAGGAGAUCCUGAACUACACCUCGUCCCUGUCCCCUGAGGCUCAGGUGGAGUACAGCAUCCAGCAGGAGAUCACACGGCUCACCAACGACAACCUGGACCUCAAGGAGCUGGUGGAGAAGCUGGAGAAGAACGAGAGGAAGCUGAAGAAGCAGCUCAGGAUCUACAUGAAGAAGGUCCAGGAGUUAGAAGUUUCUCAGGCGGACGCAGCUCAGACCAACAGGCCCAGACCUGAACUGUGCCGCCAGGUGACCGUCCAGAGGAAAGAGAAGGACUUUGAGGGGAUGCUGGAGUACUACAAGGAGGACGAGGCCCGGCUGCUCAAAACUCUGAUCACCGACAUCAGGCCCAGCACGGUGUCCGCCACAGUCCCCUGUCUGCCUGCAUACAUUCUCUUCAUGUGCAUCCGCCACGCCGACUACGUCAACGACGACCAGAAGGUGGAGUCUCUGCUCACCUCCACCAUCAACGGCAUCAAGAAGGUCCUCAAGAAAAACGAGGACUUUGAGACGACGUCGUUCUGGCUCGCCAACACCAGCCGCCUCCUCCACUGCCUGAAGCAGUACAGCGGCGACGAGGUGUUCAUGACGCAGAACUCAGCCAAACAGAACGAACACUGCCUGAAGAACUUUGACCUGACGGAGUACCGACAGGUGCUGAGCGACCUCUCCAUCCAGAUCUACCAGCAGCUCAUCAAGGUGGCAGAAGGCAUCAUACAGCCCAUGAUCGUGUCGGCCAUGUUGGAGAGCGAGAGCAUCCCCAGCCUGGCGGGGGUCAAGCCGAUGGGCUACAGGAACCGGUCGUCCAGCAUGGACACGGACUCCGGCGGCCCCAGCAGCUACACUCUGGAGGCCCUGAUCAGACAGCUGGGGCAGUUCCACAGCAUCAUGCGGGAACACGGCCUGGACCCCGAGAUCGUGGGUCAGGUGGUCCGACAGCUCUUCCACUGCAUCAACGCCGUCACCCUCAACAACCUGCUGCUGCGCAAAGACGUGUGCUCCUGGAGCACCGGCAUGCAGCUCAGGUACAACACCAGUCAGAUGGAGGAGUGGCUGAGAGCAAACAACCUGUACCAGAGCAAAGCUGCAGCCACUCUGGAGCCCAUCAUCCAGGCCGCUCAGCUGCUGCAGGUCAAGAAGAAGACCACGCAGGACGCCGAGGCCAUCUGCUCGCUCUGCAGCGCCCUCUCCACCCAACAGAUUGUGAAGAUCCUGAAUCUCUACACGCCGCUGAACGAGUUUGAAGAAAGAGUCACAGUUUCCUUCAUCAGAAACAUCCAGAAUCGUCUCCAGGUCAGGAACGACCCUCCUCAGCUGCUGGUGGACACCAAGCAAACGUUCCCCGUCCUCUUCCCGUACACGCCCUCCGCUCUCAGCCUGGAGACGCUGCACAUCCCCGCCUCGCUCGGCCUCGACUUCCUCAUCAGGGUCUGACACGACGAACCGACGCUUUAACCAGCUGAACAGCAGACAAUCUGAAGGGUCACAUGAACCUGAGUGAACCACCUGUCCAUGUCCCGUGUCCUCGCUUCAUCCUUUAU